UGCUGUGACGUGUAAAGUAUAUAUUAUUUUUCAACAUAAAGUGGGGAAGAACAUAAAAAAUAUAUCGCGAGAUUAAAGCAGAAUCGUGGAUCAAGUCGGUGAAGGUACGGAAGAUUAUUUAGGUAAAAAAAAAAUUUUCCGUUACGAUAAGUCAACAAAACCAUCAGUAGUAUUACGUGUGUUUCAUACUCGGUCCGAAUGAGUGAUCCAUCGCCCGAAAUUUAGAUAGAUAAAAUGAUGCAAGAUGAGGAUCUGGGUGGAACCACUAGAAGAAACACAUUUGUACAGGCUCUGACGAGAUUAUCUCAGAUAUAUCAGAGUUACCUGGAUCUGUGGACGCCGUACACCAUCUCCAGAUGGCUGUUUGCGAUAAGCCUAGUAGUUAUAUUCGUACUUCGUAUACUAUUAACACAGGGCUGGUACAUCGUUAUUUAUGCUCUGGGAAUUUAUCACCUAAAUUUAUUCAUAGCAUUCCUUACACCAAGAAUCGAUCCUGCGAUGGCUUUCGAUGACGCAGAUGGUCCCGAAUUGCCAACAAGGUCGAAUGAGGAAUUCAAACCUUUCAUAAGGCGAUUGCCAGAGUUCAAAUUCUGGUAUUCAGUGAGCAAAUCAACGAUAAUCGCUCUCAUUUGUACGCUUUUCGAAUGCUUCAAUAUUCCUGUUUUUUGGCCAAUUCUCGUUAUGUACUUUAUAACGUUAUUCUGCAUCACGAUGAAGCGGCAAAUCAAGCACAUGAUAAAAUACCGGUACCUGCCCUUCACGCAUGGGAAACCAAGGUACCAGAACCACGACGAGGGCUCGCGACCGCUGGCUCAUUAAUCGAAUCACAAAAAGAAACAACAAUAAGUAAUUGAUUGAAUAAAAAGAUAAAUAAUCAUUGGAUCAACAGAAAUGAGAGGAGCAUCUUUAGAAGAGUCAAAAGUAUGCUCAGUUGCUGCGUUUAUCGAGUUUGCGUAAAUGUGCAUAGAUUUAAUAUUGUCACUAAAGUUAUAAACAUUGUGUCGAAGAAUGGACGAGAAGAGCCAGUUUGAGAAGGAAAGAAGAUAACGAGGAAAAAUAAGAAAAAGAGAGUGAGGGAGAGAAGACAAAGUGAAAGACUAUGGAAUGGAAUGAAACAAAAAAGUCAUCCCUGGGCUCCGAAAGCUGUGUAAGAAAUUUUCUUUAAUUCCUUCUCUUCCUCAGCCUUAAUUUACACUUGUAUCAUUUUUCUCUUGACAUUCGAAAUCUCUCACUUCCUGCAACGAACGAGAGAGACAUUGACAAAGAAAUGAUAAGAAGAACCAAAAUAAUAAAUGAUGAAUAAAACACUGGACCGAUUACGAUCGAUGAUGAAGCGUUUAAUAUAAAUAGUUGUGUAACGUUACGACUUUCGUUAGAUAACAAAAAACCUCUCUUAAUAUAUUUGUAUCAUAAAUCUUGUACAAAGUAUUGUUAGGUCUUGCAUAAAACAACAACAAACAAAAUAAUGAAUAUUAAAGGAACAGGAUUUAAGGACGGAACAAUGCAAAUGAGAUAAAUAAAUAUCAGACCUAUGCGAGUACCAGAAA